AUGUCAGUAUCUGGAAAGAAAGAGUUUGAUGUGAAGCAGAUCCUGAGGCUCCGUUGGAGGUGGUUCAGUCACCCCUCGCAGGGCUCCACAGGCACAGGGGGCUGCCAUCAGCAGGAAGGAUAUGAGCACAGAGGGACACCGGUCCAGAACAGGUUGAAGAACCACUCUCGGGACAGAAAUGGGCUGAAGAAAAACAGCAGUCCUGUCCACCACAAUAUACUGGCACCUGUGCCAGGUCCAACCCCAGUGCACCACCGAUCUAUUCAAACCUGGCAUCAGCAACAUCUCAUUGAACAGCUUCGAUCAUAUGAGGAUAUUCCAAAAACAAGCACAGAGGAAAACUCUGUCAAAGAAGAUUCAAAUAAAACCACACAGGAGUUGCAGAUGAUCACAGAAGAAAAUUCAGAUGAAUCUGCAGAGAGGCUGUCAACGACCACCAGCUCACUGCUUGGAAUGAACACCAACGGCUCAGAUGAAUAUUUCCAGUCUACAAACCAUGCAGAGCAAACAUUCCGUAAAAUGGAGAACUACCUGCAGCAGAAGCAGCUGUGUGAUGUUCUGCUCAUAGCUGGAGACCAAAAGAUUCCAGCUCACAGGUUGGUUCUCAGUGCAGUGUCUGAUUAUUUUGCUGCAAUGUUUACUAAUGAUGUACGUGAAGCAAAACAAGAGGAGAUCAAGAUGGAGGGAGUAGACCCUGAUGCACUGAAAGCUUUGGUGCGCUAUGCCUACACAGGUAUUCUAGAGUUAAAGGAAGACACUAUAGAAAGUUUGCUAGCUGCAGCUUGUCUUCUCCAGCUAUCCCAGGUUAUCGAGGUAUGCUGCAACUUCCUCAUGAAGCAGCUCCAUCCUUCCAAUUGCCUGGGGAUUCGCUCCUUUGGAGAUGCUCAGGGUUGCACAGAGCUCCUGAAGGUGGCACACACAUAUACUAUGGACCACUUCACAGAAGUAAUAAAAAACCAGGAAUUUCUGUUGCUCCCUGCUAACGAAAUUGCAAAGCUGCUGUCUAGUGAUGACAUCAAUGUUCCAGAUGAAGAAGCCAUAUUCCAGGCAUUAAUGAUGUGGGUGAGGCAUGAUUUGCAAAACCGGCAACGAGACCUAGGAAUGCUUCUUUCUUACAUUAGACUGCCCCUACUUUCCCCCCAGUUACUAGCUGAUCUAGAAAAUAGUCCAAUGUUUGCAGACGACCUAGAGUGUCAGAAGCUUCUUAUGGAGGCUAUGAAGUACCACCUUCUACCAGAGAGACGGUCCAUGAUGCAAAGCCCUCGAACUAAGCCUAGAAAAUCUACAGUGGGUGCACUUUAUGCUGUAGGAGGUAUGGAUGCCACUAAAGGUACCACUACAAUUGAAAAAUAUGAUCUUAGGACUAACAGUUGGAUACAAAUUGGUACUAUGAAUGGUAGACGAUUACAGUUUGGAGUUGCAGUAAUUGACAACAAGCUCUAUAUUGUGGGGGGAAGAGAUGGUCUGAAAACAUCUAACAUUGUGGAAUGUUUCAACCCUAUCACCAAAGUUUGGACUAUAAUGCCUCCUAUGUCAACACACAGGCAUGGCCUAGGAGUAGCAAUGCUUGAAGGACCAAUGUAUGCUGUUGGUGGCCAUGAUGGAUGGAGUUACCUUAAUACCGUAGAAAGAUGGGACCCACAAGCACGGCAAUGGAAUUACGUUGCCAGCAUGUCAACCCCUAGAAGCACCGUAGGGGUUGCAGCAUUAAAUAGCAAACUAUAUGCUGUCGGUGGACGAGAUGGGAGCUCCUGCUUGAAAUCAAUGGAAUGUUUUGAUCCACACACGAACAAGUGGAGCAUAUGUGCUUCCAUGUCCAAAAGAAGAGGCGGUGUCGGUGUUGCAACAUACAAUGGGUUUUUAUAUGCUGUGGGAGGUCAUGAUGCACCUGCUUCCAACCACUGCUCUCGACUUUCUGACUGUGUAGAAAGGUAUGAUCCUAAAACAGAUGCUUGGACAACAGUGGCCCCCUUGAGUGUACCUCGGGAUGCAGUUGGAAUUUGCCCUCUGGGGGAUAGAUUAUAUGCUGUUGGGGGCUAUGAUGGCCAUACGUACCUGGAUACUGUGGAGUCUUAUGAUGCUCAAAAUAAUGAAUGGACAGAG